UCCUUCAGCAGCUCCAUGUUCAGCGACGGGCAGCGCGCCGCGCUCGGCGACGUCCCCCCCGCGCCUCCGGGGUUCCCGGGCUACCGCGCAGAUUGUGAAAUCCUUUCCAGUUUGCCACUGCAGAUGUCCCUCUACUUCAAUGUUUAUUUCUUUCCAUUUUGGUGGCUCAUCACAGUUGCCAUCCUCUACCUGAAGUAUCCAGACUUAUCAGAUUAUUACAAGUUCAUCCUGGUCACCAUCAUGAUCCUGGUCUCUCUGACAGAGCUCAUUCGACUCUACCUGGGAUAUGUGGGCAAUCUCCUGGAGAAAGUGCCUGAGCUGGCUGGGUUUUGGCUCCUGACUCUCCUCCCACAGUUGCCUAUAAUUCUCUUCUUGCUAUUUAAUGAAGGUCUGAAAAUCCACUCUCUGGAACGAGCCGUGCACAUCAUCUUUGCCGCCUUCCUCUCCUUCCAAGUGCUGGCGGCCUUUCUCACCCUGAGGAGGAUGGUGAACACUCUGGCCUCUCGCUUCCGCCUGACAGAGUUCCACCGCCUGGAGGAGCAGCUCCCGGGGCUGGUAGGGUCACGCCCCGCGGGCUUCAGGAGCUGACAGAGCCCGGGCCGGUGUUGCCACAGUUCUGUUGCCAUUUUGUUGGGUCAUUCUUUGCCUUCUUGCCUCAAGAGGUAUUCAAAAAAUGGACCUGGCUCGAGAGCCAGCAUUAAACCUCAGAGGCUGGAGCUCCUUUCUGCAAGGAAAAUCAAAGCCAAUUGCAUAACUGACUUGAGUGGACUGUUACUGAGUGGACUUGGAGAGUUUCGUGUGUUACAAAGUUUUGGCAUUUUAAAAAAACAAGAAGCCUUUUUCCUUAC